UUUCCAUUAUCCCCUAUGGCUCCCAUUGUACCCUAUGGCCCCAUUGUAGCCAAUGGCUCCCAUUAUACCCAAUGGCGCUGCUCUCUGUCGCCCCCUGCAGACGAGCGCGAGUCGGUGCAGAUGAAAACCUUCGUCAAGUGGCUCAACUCGCACCUGGCGCAGAUCGACUGUCACGUGACCGACCUGUACCGGGACCUCAGGGACGGGGUGAUACUGACCCGGUUAUUAGGGCUGCUGUCGGGGGAGACAAUGCCCCGUCCGACCCGCGGCCGGAUGCGGAUUCACUCAUUGGAGACUGUGAUCAAUGGAUCCCAAUGGGGGUUUGGGGUCCUUAUAGGGUUUGAUUUGGGUUCCUUAUAGGGAUUCGAUGCCUCC